AUGGAUUUAAACUUCACGCUCUCGGGGAGCGACUUGAUCGGCUUUGGCUCGUUGGCGCAGAAACUUUUUGAGAAUAACUCACUGCCUCCAUUUGAUAACAGCACCGUCGGUCCCAAAAGUAAUGAGGAGGACCUGGAAGUUAAUACGAAUGUGUACGCAAAGGUCAUAGUCACUAUCAUUUACUUGGCUCUGUUCGCCAUAGGCUCCCUGGGCAACUCCAUCACCAUUUAUACCCUGAUUACCAGAAAGACGCUGCAGAACCUCCAGAGCACCGUACACUAUCACCUGGCCAGUCUCGCCGUGUCCGACCUGCUCAUCCUGAUCCUCUCCAUGCCCAUUGAGCUCUACAACUUUAUCUGGUUCCAUUACCCAUGGGUGUUUGGGGAUGCCGUGUGCAGGGGUUACUACUUCCUCCGGGACAGUUGCUCUUAUGCCACCGCGCUUAACAUCUCCAGCCUGAGCGUGGAGCGCUACAUGGCCAUCUGCCACCCGUUCAAAGCCAAGAGCAUCAUGUCCCGCAGCCGCACCAAGAAACUCAUCAGCGCCAUGUGGCUCGCUUCCUUCGCCCUCGCGACGCCGAUGCCCUUCAUCAUGGGCCAAGGGAUGCGUAACGGCGAGAAGAUAUGCACCACUGUGGUGUCUCCGGUCACGGUGAAGACCGUGCUGCAGGUAAAUGCAUUCCUGUCCUUUGUCAUACCGAUGGUGGCCAUAUCUGUUCUGAAUGGGGUCAUUGCAAAUCAGCUGUUGCGGAUGUUUCGUGAGGCUGAGCAAGACAACCGUGUCUGCAUGAUUGGCGCAAAUCCCACCAUGCUGAAUUGCACUGUGGAGUCCAACCGUGCUCAGUCGCUACGCCACGGAGUUCUUGUUCUCCGAGCUGUGGUCAUAGCCUUUGUGGUCUGCUGGCUGCCCUAUCACACUCGCCGUCUUAUGUUUUGCUACGUGACUGAGUGGUCAGAUGAGUUAUAUGACUUCUACCACUAUUUCUACAUGCUGACCAAUGUCCUGUUCUACGUCAGCUCGGCCAUAAACCCUGUCCUCUACAACCUGGUAUCAGCCACCUACCGUCAGAUCUUCUUCUCCAUGUUGCGGUACUUCUGCAUGCCCUGCCGUCACACACCCAGGAAGCAACCAUACCCCCUCAAUCGCCACUCCAUUAGCAUCUCCAGUAGCCACACCCUUUCCACUAACAUCAUUAAAGAGACGGCAUACUGAUUAAGCUGCAAAUAAACACAUUUUCUUUCACUUUGUCAUAUAUUCAUAUAUUGCCACAUCUUGAUUCCAUCUUCCCAGAGGAAAUUCUGGCAUUGAGUUGGAGAAUGUAGUCACCAUCAUCGUCAUGUGAGGUUAAAUUCUCACUCAUUAAAUGCUUUGAUUUAAUUUCAGACACAUGGAUUAUUGUGUUUCAUACCUUUAACAUGAGAUUGUUAAAUCAAAAAAGAAAAUACGAUGGAAGAAAGGGGGGGGAAGGCCAGACUUUACAAAAGAUACUGAUGUAAAUGAUUUAUACUGUAUGUUUGUACAUAUAUGUUUUUAUUACACCAAUCACUGAAAUGAAUUUAAUGGGUGGUGUACCUCACUGAUUCAGUUUUUCUAAACAUUUAGCUUGUGUAACUCCUAAAAGUAUUUUCUCGAAAACAACGCCUUGUAGAAAUACUUUCACCACAACAACAGCUAUGAUGUAACCUUCCUUUUGGAUGGAUUGAUCUGAGGAGAAACCUAGCUUUGAUGUUAGAAAAAACAGUGCAAGGAACAUGUAUUUCUCUAAAAUCUAAGUUGUAUUGACAGCUGUAUAGGAAGAAUCUCUUGCAUCAUUAAAAUUUACUUCUCUUGUGUGAUUUGGCUUUUGCAAAACAAGCUUUUCAGCUAAAUUCUUGGUGAAAAUGAGGCGAA